CAUUGGUCCCAUUGUUGGUGAUGCUAAUUGCGGUCUUUGGUUAAAGUGGCAUCUGCCCUCCAAGUCGCUAUUGUGAAGGAAUAUUUUCUCCUUUGUAAUUCGUAAUCUAUGGGCUAGGCUUUCCAGAACUCUUCAAUAUCCAGUUAAUAACCUUUCAUUUGAUAGUUAGCCAUUGAUUAUUAUCUGAAUUGAUUACACUGGUGGCUGCAAAAGAACAGGCAACCCACAGGCUUUGAUUGCAGGUGAAGAGGUCUGCCCUAAUAAGCGGCCAUGAAGGCUGCUGAGGGGACAUUAGAUGUUAUCAGAGCAUGACCUUGGGAAAAGCCAGCUUCAUCUCUGUCUGUGAACCCCUAAACAUUGAAACACACCCCCAUCGGAUAGAUCUAGUGCAGUGUUUAGAGCAAUCUGUUUUUUAAAUGAAUAAAACAAGUUUGUUUAGGGCCUGAAGGCCGGACCACAUAGUUUAGGCCACGUGAGCUUCGAAAUCCGGGUAGAUUCAAAAGUUCCAGACUCAGGGGCUUCAAGGAACGUGAACCGUGGGGCACUUCAGAGCCCCCAUCAGGACCCUGGAAGAAAAUGAAUAUCGGAAUCUCGUUUUCCUCUUUGUUAAGUGGCAGGAGUGACCCCUCAGUCCCUUGAAGUUGCAGAAGUCGCCCUGCAGUGAAGUCCCGGGGUCCGGCUCCCUUAGGCCAAGCGCAGACACACCCUCCUUUGGAACGUGGAAGGCAGGGACUCGAUUUGGCAGCUGGGUGGCCGUCGCACCCCCAAACCUGUACUGCUUUCCGAGGUUCAGGCCCAGCCACUGUUUCUAGAAUAACAAGGGUUUCUAGCGCCGUCUCCCCACUCACUCCCAAGGUGAAGGGAUUUUGGUGCAGAGGAAACGAGUCAAAGCAGGUGGGAGCCCGAGUCAACUCGGAGACAGCUGGGCCCACCCGCGCUCGGGAGCCUAGACAGUCAACCUGAGACCAAGGCGGCCCGGGCGUGCGGGGCGUGGCGAGUGCGGAAUUGCGCUGCCGGGCCGGGCGGACCGGGGGCGUGGCCUGGAUGGGGCGGGGGCGUGGCCUGGAUGGGGGUUGGCCAGGGGCGCGUGGCGUGGUUGGCCCAGGUGCUUAACUUUCCGCCGGAGGCGUCAUCCUGCCCAGUCUAGGUCCGAGCUCCCAGCAGGGCUGGUAUAGACAUCCAGAAGAUGGGGAAGCUGCCCGAGCGGAACGACAUCCCACCUUGGGUGGGGACUCCCGAAGUCUUGACGGAGCCCAGGGUGUUCCAGGUCCAGACGGGGCUGUUGGAAGCCGUGUUCGGCCCCGACGGAUCUCGAAUCCCAUUCGUCGAGGAGGUGAGCAAAGUCAUGCUCCAGAUGAAGGGUCUGGAAGCUUCGGACCUCGCCGAAGUCAUGGUUUCCGGCUCUUACUUGUUCAAGUUUCAGACCAAGUGGAUGCUCCAGCCCGUGGCCUAGCGGCACCGCCAGCGGCACAAACAGGGAUGCUGCAACCUGAGGGAGCCAUGAAUUCGCUCGACCUAGCUCCUCGGAUGAAGGGAAGCCAGUUUGCAGCCAGACCAACCUGGGACGGCCAGGUAGAGCGGAGGCUGCAGCCGGGGUCUGGUUUAGACUCUGCUCCAGCCUGACAAGGAACACCCAGCUGGCUUCUGGUCUCUGCCUUUAAGUCCUCCUGUCCUUCCCCCCAAGGUUGCUAAUUACACAAUAAAAUUU